AUGGAGGCGUCGUCUCUUCUCCUCUCGCACCAGUCGUUUCUCCCUCUCCAACCUUUGUUGUCGUCCUCUACAAGCCGGUCGGCCUUGACCUUGUUUUCACGCUCUUCGCGUGGGAAACUCUGCACCAGUGCCAGCCUCCUCCCCUCCAGCUCUUCCUCUUCCUCUCACUAUUGCUGCUGCACGUUCCCUUCCCCGCCUUGGUCGAGCUUUUGGGUGAAGAAUAAGCAGAGACUGCAGGACAACGUUCCCACUUCCGUUGCCUCAUUGUCUUCCUCCUUCUCUUGCCGCGUGGGUGAGAUGGGGAGCGUGUUCCCUGUGGACAGCGGCUUUGGUUUUCCCGAGGAGGAGCUCGAGAAGUGGGACUCCGCGAAAUAUGAGGCGAUCCUCAAGGGUGGGGAGCAGGUCACUUCCGUCCUCAAGGAGAUGGUGAAGCUGGUACUCGACUGGUCUGGAGCUUUGGUUAUCCGAAUUAUUUAAUCCUAUGAUAAAUUUUAUCUUGAUAUUUAUGUUUUCCCCUUCCUUCCUUUUGGCGUCGCAGUUGGAGGACAUGGAAAUGGACGAGGCCUCGGAGGCCGCCGCCGUGGAGCUUGCGGCGCAGGGGGUGAUCGGGAAGCGGGUCGACGAGAUGGAGGCUGGAUUCAUGAUGGCCCUUGACUACAUGAUUCAACUGGCUGAGAAGGACCAGGAUGACCAGGUCUGGCAUACUCCAUUUUUUCUCCUCCUCUUCGGUAAUUUUUCAUUAAUUUGCUUCCCAUCGCUUAAUCAGCCCGCUCUUUGUUUUGCUACAAGAGAAGGAUUGUUCUUCGUCUCGGUCUAAAUUCUGCACUUAAAUCACCCAUCUAGGUGGAUUGUUAAGCACGGGGUUCUUUUUUAUUAUAGCCGGAUUGUUAACUCGAUGGAUCGUAAGGUGAAAGAGUUUCCCUGGUCUCAUCAGCCAGUUUGGUUCAUUGCUCUCUGUCAGCUUGAGUAUGAUUGAAAUUCUGAAUCCUAAGUAUGCACUGGGGUGCAUAUCCUUUGUUUUUACGUUAUCUGUACGGAAAAUGAAGGCAAGAAAAGAACUUUUUGGCUUUAUCUGAAGUGGCUUUGUUUAUAUGUGAGUAGUCAAACUAAUUGAAUGGUAAUAUGUCGUGCUGGUAUGGUGCAUGUAAAGCAUUAUACAUGCGUGAUCUAUUGAAAAUCUGUUCCUCAAUCACGGUGUCUAUAAAUCCUUCUUGAAACAGCCCCCCUUUUCCUUCCUGAACUCUAUCUAUUCUUCCCAUCAGAUCCCCUAAAAAUCUGUUGUAGUGUCGCCUCUGCCGGCCCUGAUCCCUGCAGCCGAACUCUUCUCCUCGAAAGUAAUCUUAGGCUGGCUACAUUCUGAAGUACCUCGCUCUCAUGGUAAAGUAAUCUUCGGCAAAUGGAUAACUUUCACAAGAGGAUUUCAUGGGCCAGUUCUGGUCGUUAGGGACACAAAUUAGACAUUGAUUUAAGAGCAUGCAGCAAAUUGAAGAGGAAUUUCUCACAUCCAUCAGUUGAGUUAACGAAGAAAAAUAAAUGCUAAAGAACUCCAGCUUUAUUCUUGUCGGUUGUCCUAGCUAUAGCUACCUUUCACCGAGCUGUUACCAACUGGGCUUCUUUCUGACAAUCUUCAUGUGGGACUAUAACGAGAUGUUAUCUCCACGUCCUGACGGUUGACAACAAUUUGAUUAAAAGUGGGAAAAAUGGGUAGGAUUGUGCAGGCUCACUUGCAACUCGGGGGGCGUCUUCUCUCUGAUGUGCUAUUUUCUGUACGUAAACUCUUCUAAGGAUAAUAGGUUGCUUUUUAAAGCCUUUGACUCUGAAUCUUUGCCGAUUCCACCCAUGCGCGAAUAGGAAAAUUGAGCCAUAUCACAUGGCCUGAUCUGAGCUAGACCGAUCUUCAAAACGUGGCUUGUAGUCGUAAUUUUUUUGGCGAUCUCUGCUUAAAGGUUUGAAAACACCUGUUUAGAAUUCUUGAGAAGAGAAUGGUCACGGUGUAACUUUUUAUUUUCUUUAGUAAAUCUUAUCUCUUGGCGUUCAAAUAUUAUGAUCCGUGGGUGGGUGUGUAUCCAUGAUGUUUGAAGAUAGAAUCAUGUAUGGCUGAAUAACUUGUUUAGUUCAGGCAUUCGUGCCGUUCAUUCAAUUCCGUUGCUGCACUUUUCCAGAGAAAGUCGCUUCUGGAGGUGAUUAAGCAGACAGUGCUCGACCAUUUGACAAAGAAAUGUCCCACACAUGUGAGGCUUUCUUCCCCAGAUCGUUUCAUGUAAAAGAUCUUCUUUCAUCAUAACCUACAUACCCCGUAUGAAACACUAAUACUGUAAGGCCACUACCGUUUUGUCAUAGGUUCAAGUGAUUGGCCUGCUUUGCAGAACUCCAGGGAAAGAAAGUAGGCAUGAGUUGUUACGCCGAGUAGCUGCUGGUGGUGGCGUAUUUAAAAAUGAGAAAGGUACUAAGGUUCAUCUUCCAGGGGCAAAUUUAAAUGAUAUUGCAAACCAGGCUGAUGAUUUAUUGGAGGUAAAAAUCCAUUUACCAAGGUCUCUCUUCAUCUUCAUCUCCUCUUCUUAGGAUGCUGUUUCGUCACUGUUAUUGUUAUUGGUUCCCUUGUGAUAAAUUAGUAAAACCUUAUAUGGAUGAAACUUUAAUGGUGAAUCUUGUCAGCAUUUGACUUUACCCUUACACAUUUACUUGCCAUUUCUUGCAUCCAAUGCGAUCAAUUUGAACCUGUAUUCUACUCAACAUUGAAGGGAGAUCUAGUUACUUAGCACAGACGUCUGCUGUUAUGCAGUUUAGUGUGCGUUCAGUAAUUUGAUAUAAAAAAUGCUUUGCGCUUCUUUUGGGAGAUUAAUUUUUGAUGGGAUAGUGAACCCCUGCUUCAACGCGAGUGUUUGUGUUCAUUGAAUUCUCUUUUCCGUACUCAAUGUAACUGGAAGUUUCAAUUUUCGUUAUUUUAUAUUGGACUGAUUUUGGUAAAACAUCGAUCAUAGUUCGUCCAAUCGACGUUAAUCAUCUGAAAAUUUCUGGCAAGUCUUUAUUUUGACCCAGGAAAUAGAAAGGAUUAUCUUCUAUUUCUUGUAUAGAACAUCUGCACCAUUCUGGGAUAUCUUGCUGUGUCUAGAUUAUCUUCUAUGCUCGGAAAAUCUCUUCUGCAAUACCUUACUACCCAGGAUCGAUCCUAAUUAUCUGUUUACAGUCGGUAUUCUCCCCUAAAAUAGGGUAAAUACUUUGAAGUGGGUUGACCCAAAAUGCGUCCAAACAACUCUUCCUAAUCAAAAUGGAGUUUCCUUCUGGAACGUGGCCAGCUCUCACUGUUCAUCUUCCCGACGAUCCAUCUUCCCUCGUUCCACCUGAUCUUGGUGAAAUAGCCUAGGAAGCGAACAAAAAGGACGGGCAACCCUUGUUCAGCUGCUGUUGACGCGCGCUUUUGCAGACAAUGGAGUCCAGAACCAGCAUUCCCGAUAGAAAACUGCUCGCGAGGCUCGUCUUGAUAAGAGAGGAAGCUAGGGGCAUGAUGGGCGGUGGAAUACUGGACGAGCGGAACGAUCGUGGCCUGAAGACUCUGCCCGAAGCAGAGGUCCGUGGCUUCUGAUUUUUGUACUGAAUUUUUUUUCUUCUUAAUCUUAUGCUCUUUCUGGUUCGAUUUCACCCACAGAGAAUCUCAUUUUAUCUUCUUGGUGCCAAGCAAUGAACCAUGGUGUAAAAUAAUUUCGCUUUUUUUUUAUACACAUUAAUGUUGGUCAUUAGAUGGAGUAGUGGGUCUGUCUGUCUCCUUCCAUAUUUUAAUUAAUUGCGCAUCAUCAUGUUCUUUUGGAAAGUUAGAUCUCAUAGUUCGUUGAUUGAGUGGCCUAAGUUCAGGUGAAUUUCUUGGCCAAGCUGAUCGCGUUGAAACCCGGGGAAGCCGUCCUGGAGAUGAUAAAGAACGUCAUGCUUGGAAGGGACGAAGGUGCUGAAGACCCCGGCAGCAAUGACGAACACUCCAAGAACAGACGAACCACCUCUGGUGGCAUCGCAGGGAGGGUGAGUUGACUUCUCGUCCCCGUCCUCCCGCCCCCUCCUCCAUCGCUAUGUGCUCCAGCGGCGGUAACUCUAUCUUCCCCUGCUUCGCCCAGGGAAGCGUCACUGGCCGUAAACCGCGCCCUGUUCGUCCUGGGAUGUUCUUGGAGACAGUUUCAAAGGUACCCAGUGAUAAGCUCCCUCUCUCUCUCUCUCUCUCUCUCUCUCUGGUUGCAGUGUCGGCGAAUUUAUCUGCGUUUUGAUUGAUCAUCAGGUGCUAGGCGGGGUCUACUCUGGGAAUGUAUCAGGAAUGACCGCCCAACAUCUGGAGUGGGUGGGUGAUCCCGUUCGUGCGGUUGACUACCACAUUUUCAGAUCUUUGUUGAUGAUAAAAAAGUGGUUGACCUCCCUUCCUCCACUUUCAGGUCCACGAGAAGACCCUCCUAAUUCUUCAAGAGAUGGCCUUCUAA